CACACAAACACACACUCAUUUAUCGCUCCUUGGUCAGACCUGUGAGAUCCAGCGGGAAGAAGAGACGUCGACUCAAAACUCAAACAUGUUGGGGAGGAGAUCAGUGUUUGUGGCUCUGCUCGCUGUGGCUGUUGGAGUUUACCUGCUGCCUUCACCCAUAGACCCCAAACCACAUGUACUGAAGGGGCCCCCUCCGGCCCUCGAGGGGCCGCUGGCCGUCAACACCCGCCUGCAGAAGGGCCAGAGGCUGUUCACUGGUAAACUACACGGACCAGAAUCCUUCACUGCUGAUGAGAACGGUAACGUGUACACAGGAACAGUGGAUGGGAAGCUGUGGAGGAUCGGUCUCGAUGACAGCCUCACCCUCGUCACUCAGAUGGGACAGAAUCUGCCAGAAUGUGGCAGCAGCACAGACUAUGAACCUGUCUGUGGUCGUCCUCAUGGUGUUCGUGUGGAUCGUCACGGUCAACUGAUUGUCGCCGACUCUUAUUUUGGGCUGCACAGCGUCGACCCGACGACUGGAGAAAAGACUCUGCUGGUGGCUAAUUCACAGGGUGCUGAUGACGUUCCCUUCGCCUUUCUAAACGGCCUCGAGAUUUCCUCCCAAACUGGGAUCAUCUAUUUCACAGACUCUUCCAGUCGCUGGGGACGAAGACACGUCAAACUGGAGGUGAUCGAGAUGAACAGCCUUGGCCGUCUCCUCUCCUACGAUCCUCAGACAGAAAGUGUGACGGUCCUGUUGGACUCUCUCUACAUGCCUAAUGGCAUCGUCCUGUCACCUGACGAACACUUCCUGCUGCUGGCCGAAACCAGCAUCGGACGCAUCCUGAGAUAUUGGCUGAAGGGCCCGAAGGCUGGUACCAAGGAGAUCCUCAUGGACAACAUGAUUGGUUACCCUGACAACAUCCGCCUUAGCGACCAUGGAACAUUCCUGGUUGGCGUAACAACGCCACGGUUCCGGAAGCUCACGCCUCCCUUCCUGGAUAUGAUCGCCCCGUACCCGGCUGUCAAACGCUUCCUGGCCAAGGUGAUUCCUCUGAGCUUGUACAACCUCCUGCUGCCGCGCUACGCUCUGGUCCUGGAGCUGGGAUUGGACGGUGAGCUCGUGGGAACGCUUCACGACCCCGAGGGCCGCCUGACGUGGGCCAUCAGCGACGUCUUCCAGCACCGAGGGAGGACGUACCUGGGCAGCACCGACCUGCCCUUCCUGCCCGUCCUGGAGGGGUGGGACAGCUGAUCUUUUUUUGUUUUUCUUUCUUCGGACAGUUUAAGGGUCCGUACAUGACGAGCAGCUACAAGGAAAUUUGUGACGUGUCUGGAUUUUACAUUUUUAAGGUUUCUAGUCGAUAUUCACAUCUGGAGCGACACGUGGAUGCUCUAUCAAUCAGACCUGGAUAUUGUGGCUUCAGGUCGGUCUCUGUGGGUCGCCUUGUCACCCAGGAAUGAUCUGAGAGGUGAACUGAGCAUCUAAAGACAUUUUUAGAAAAGUCAAAUGUCUACGGACUGCGAGUGAUGAAAUGUCACAUUGUAAAUGAAGUGAAUGUAACUUUUUAGCUCGGAAAACAUGAAGCGUGUCAAAAUACUGUACAUGAUGUUGUUCAAUUGUAGAAAUGAUGUUUGUUGAAAGAGCGUGAAGUAAUCCAACUGACUGUGAAAUAGUAGAUGGACACUGUGGCCUUUAAUUGACACGAUAGUUUGUUUUGUUUGUAAGACACAUUGAUGUUUAAAUGGACUCAGAUUAGUGAUUUUCUCUUGGUCGUACGAGAUGCAGCCUGGACUGAGGAAUUUUAAAUUCACCCUGGAGAUUUGAUUUUUAGACCUUGUCAACACAAUGAGAAUAUAUACUGUUAACAUCACAUCAAAAAGUUAGAUUUUAAAAUAAACAUUUUAUGUUAAAUUCA